GUAUUCCUCUCCAAGUCCCUUCGUCCCCCUUUUCUCUCUACCCAAGGGUCUUGCAUUCCGAGUUUCUGACUUUUACGACUUUCCUAUUCUGCGUCAUCUACUGAGAUAGGAACCGUUGCCCAAGGCGAGACAGUGUGCAGCAAGACGACCAAGACACGCACAACGCCCGCAGACAGCCACUUUGCCAUCCCAUACCUGCCAGGAGGGAACUACUCGCCCUGAACGACCGUUAGACUCUGGCCAAUCAUAACGGCGAGACCCUGAAAGAACAUCAGAUCACCAUGGCAGAAAUCCCAGCGACGCAGACCGUCCUCAUCCUCCACGCGGCGAAGCAGCCGUACGAAACGGCAGAGGGGUACCAGGUUCCCGAGAUCCAAAAUGAGCAAGAAGUGUUGGUGAAGACGGAACACAUCGGCCUCAACCCGAUCGACUGGAAAGCGCCCGACUUCAAUUUUGCAAUCCCAACUCUCCCCUACAUCUCAGGCCGCGAACUCGUAGGCCGCGUCGUCCGCCGCCCGCAACCAUCAUCGACAACAGCAGCAACAGCCUCCCAAACGCAAAGCCAAAGCCGCCUCCGCGAAGGCGACCAGGUCCUCGUCAUCUCCACAGACUACCGCGACCUCCGCAAGGCAGCCUACCAGGAGUACGUCGUCACCUCAGACUUCAACGCCGCACGCAUCCCGCCCAACGUCUCCCCGCGCGCCGGCGCGACCCUCGGCGUCGCCUUCGUCGCUGCCGCGCUCUCUCUGGCCGUCUGCAUGGGCGUAGACUUUUCCCACGUCCUCGACGGGCCGGAUCUGCUGACGAUCCUGCGCUCCGUUCCGCCGGAGAGCCUGCCGCAGGAUAUCAGGGCAGAGUGUCUCUCGGGCAUCGGGAACCAUGAACGGGCCACGGCGGGCGACUGGGUCGUCAUCUGGGGCGGGUCGUCGACCUCAGCCAACUUGGCUGUGCAACUCGCGCGGCUGGCGGGGUUGAAGGUCGUUACUGUGGUAGAUAAGCUGCGUCACGGCCUCCGACUGUCGAACCAUACGGUUCUCCGGCCCGAUUUACUCGUCGACAGCCACGACCCUGCGCGCGCCAUCGACAUCAUCCGCGCCAACGUCGGGAAGGACUUGCGCUUCGCGCUGGAUACCAGCGGUCGGGAGUCUGCCGGCUGGUUGCUCCGCGCGUUGACACCGUCGCAGGAUGCCAACGCGCCGCCUAGCCCGCCGGAUACGCCUCGCAACUCGGCGCCGACUGUCAAGCACCUCAUCGGUCUGACUGGUCUGCCUAAGGAGCAGGCACCAGAGGCAGUCGCAUACCACACCGUCCCCAUCAAGGUCUUCCACGAGGUCCCUGCCGUGGGAGAAGCCCUCGUGACUUGGCUGGAGCGCUUGCUCGAGAGCGGCCUCGUCAGCCCGCCCGAGGUCCUCGGUGUAGAAGAAGGAUUCGAGGGCAUCAACCGUGGCCUCGACCGAAUGAGAAAGGGCGAGAUCCGCGGUGGGAGAAUGGUCGUCAGUCUCGCGCCAGAGGGGACCGCGGCCGCGCAGGAAGACGUCACGAGAGAGGCGAGCGUGCCGCCCGCGCUGGUCGAUUCGCCCAUGGCGGACGGCGUUGCGGAAGAAGAGCCUCAGCCCUCGGAAACGUCGCAGGCGUCCAGCCCUGAGUUCACCGCCCAGAAGCUUGCCGACACUGGCCUGCGGAGGGGAAGCGCGACAUUAUGGCAGGCCGGGCCAGCGGGCGAUGCGGUUCCUAGAAGCUUUCCUGACGAGCAGAAUGAUGACAGUUCGAAUGCGGCGCCGAGAAGAAACUCCCUGUGGCAGCCCAAGUCAGCGGAAAUUGCGGUCGAAAAUGGCCUGUCAUGACGAGCAUUGAUGGAGUAGCAUCCGAUUUGAUUGAAUGAUGAUACAAACGAUAGGGUUUACAUAGUGGGGGUCUGAUCAAGCCAGAAUGCUGGAUUAUCAACCUAUCGAGGCAGUCAACGGGCGAAGUAGAAAUGGUUAAAAAUAGAGAUUGCAAAUAUG